CGGAGGUCCGGUCAAUGCUGUGACAGUGGUGUGGAGAUGCUGACGAGGAAAUUGACAAUAUGCAUAGCGCUGGUGGUGGCGAGCUCAGCCGCUUCUCGGCAGAAGCGUGGCAUCUUCGGCGAGCCGGGCGGCCUGCUGAGCGGGGGCGGUGGCCUCUCCGGCCUUAGCUCGCACGGGGCUGCGCACCACUCACACGGACCUUCACACAGCUCGCUGCACUCGGCUCCCUUAUCAUCGUACUCCUCAGCCCCAAUCCAGUCUGCCCCAUUGAGCUCCAGUUACUCUGCACCACUAUUGAGUUCACACUCUCAUCAUGCAGCGCCAGCCCUCAGCUCGUAUACUCCACUGGCCAGUUCUCUCUCCUCUGGACCAUUGUUAAGUUCUCCCUCUGUGUCUUAUUCUGCGCCUCUUCAUUCUCACUCCAGUCUUAGCUCAGCUCCUCUUCUCAGUUCUCCUGUGAUAGCGUCUGCUCCUGUAAGUCAUGCAGCAUUACACGUGGGGCACUCAGCUCCCCUGCACUCCUCGUCCCUCAGUGUGAGUCAUUCGCCGUCUGCUAGCUUAGGCAGUUAUGCUCCUCAAUAUUCUAGUCAUUCAGCUCCAUUGAGUUCGAGCUAUUCAGCUCCUCUUAGCUCGAGUUACUCUGCUCCAUUGAGUUCAAGUUACUCUACUCCAUUGAGUUCAAGUUACUCUGCUCCACUGAGCUCAAGUUACUCUGCUCCACUAAGCUCAAGUUACUCAGCACCUCUGAGUUUAAGCCACUCAGCACCUCUGAGUUUAAGCCACUCAGCCCCACUAAGUGUGAGUCAGUACGCUCCGAGCUAUUCUAGUCAUUCAGUUCCAUUGAGCUCCAGUUAUUCUGCUCCUCUGAGUCACUCCGCCCCACUAAGUUUGAGUCACUCCGCCCCAUUAAGUUUAAGUCACUCAGCUCCGUUAAGCUCUAGCUACUCUGCACCAUUGAGCUCUAGCUACUCUGCGCCUUUGUCCUCCAGUUAUUCUGCGCCUUUGUCCUCCAGUUAUUCUGCACCUUUGUCCUCCAGUUAUUCUGCUCCUCUGAGUCACUCCGCCCCACUUAGUUUGAGUCACUCAGCUCUAUUGAGCUCUAGCUACUCUGCACCUUUAAGCUCUAGUUACUCUGCACCUCUAAGUGUGAGCCAUUCUGCUCCAUUGAGCUCAAGUUACUCAGCUCCAUUGAGCUCGAGUUAUUCAGCCCCUUUGAGCUCAAUUUCCUCUGCACCAAUAAGGCAUUCAGCUCCUAUAAGUGUAAGCCAGUACGCCCCUCAAUAUUCUAGUUAUUCUGCUCCCAUAAGCUCAAGUUACUCAGCUCCUUUAAGCUCGAGUUACUCCGCACCUUUGAGUUCUAGUUACUCUGCACCUCUGAGUUUGAGUCACUCUGCACCUCUGAGCUUGAGCCACUCAGCUCCUCACUACUCGAGCUACUCGCCAUCUCACAGUCACCAUGGGCACGGCAGCCACGGUGGACACUACGGUGGACAUCACGGGCAUGGUAGCCACAGCAGCUACGGCGGCCACGGUAGCCACGGUAGCUACGGUAGCCACGGUGGGCACGGCAGCCAUGGUAGCCACGGUAGCCACAGCGGGCACCACAGCCACGCCCCAGUCAUCGUGAAGGUGGUGAAGGCGCCACCAAGGUACGCGUCUGGGUGGUGGUGAAGUGGAACCAACAUCUGGUCGACCUAGCUUUAAUAACGCGAUAUUUAUGAAACUUUUGUUAUUUGUUGUUUUGAUGGAGUUUACGGGUGUUUUUACUGUUGUGAAUAAAAUAAUAAAGAGAAGAA